AGUCAGUUUGUUAAUAAGAUGAUCUUUACCAACCAGCAUGGCACAGUAUGUAUCUACUAACAAGAGUAGUGUUGAGACCUACUAGUCUAGUGUGCCGUGGUUGCAGUAGAAGUGUUCACAGCUCCAGUAGCAGGGACCAGUACUUCAGACUACUGGAGAUUGGCAAGUUAGAGUCCCCUCAGCCCUCGGGCUAUUAUCCUGCUGCACAGUUCUUCCUGCAUCGUGUGUUUGGUUAUCGUGGAGUGGUCUUAUUCCCGUGGACUGCUAACGUAUAUGAUAGAGACAUCAGUAGAACCACUGAGAGUAGUAGUGGUUGGGAGGAAGAGGGACUAUUGUACAGUAAGGUGAAGGGUUUGCAAGCACAGAGCAAGCCAUACUACCAGGUCCUCAUUGACAACAAGGACUUCCCCUAUGUACGCACACACCCUGAGGCCAUCACCUUCCUAGCAUCCAGCAAAGACACAUCUCUCUACUCUCUACCAGGAUUGGACUAUGUGGCCCAUGAAGACAUCCUACCCUAUACCAGCACUGGGCAGGACAGCUUCUCUCAUCAAUUGUUCCCACAGUUCUUUGUGCCCAGUGGAGACAAGCAAGGGUCACUGUUUCUGCCUCGUGAUGUGUUGAGUGCUUGGCGUGAGAAGAAUCAUAAAUGGCUGACUCUGAGUGAUGUGCACAGAGAGAGCACUGCUGGAGUGAGAGUGUCUGUAAUGCCAUUCUAUAUGGGCAGCAAAGAUGAGGACCAAGGAACCACUUACUGGUGGAGAUACAAUAUUCGGCUCGAGUGCCUGAGUGGUGAGCGGCUUGUGUUGCGUGAGCGUCACUGGAGAAUCUAUUCUGGUACUGGGUUUCUGGAGACAGUGAAAGGUCGUGGGGUCAUCGGUCAAGAGCCUGUUUUCUCUUCGGCCCAACCUUGCUUCCAGUACAGCAGUCAUGUGUCCCUCAAGUCACCAUCCGGACAUAUGUGGGGAACGUUUCUACUCGAGCGUGGAGAUAAGAGCUCAUUUGAAGUGCGAGUGCCGCCAUUUACUCUGGACAGUAGUCGUGAUGAUGAACAAUCAUAGACUAUAAUUAUGUACUGUGUUCCAUUCUAUUCAUUCUGUUAUCACUACAUGUAUGACUUAAUGUUGCGUAUCAUUUAUUGUUACAAAA